UUCAGUCCGCUGGCGAACGUCGUCUUGAGCGCAGUUUGUCGUUGUCGUUAGUCGCAUAAGCCAACGUCUCAACGUGCGCGUGUGCGUGUGUGUGUUUGUGUUUGUGCUUGAGCUUGAGCUGCGCGUGUGUCGGUUACUGUGCCUGUGUUACUUGGCUGGCCCGUUCCCGUUUGUAAAUUAUUAUACACGUUGAUUUUGUUUUUUUUAGUUUUAUUUUUUUCUGUGCCGGAGCAGCACAAACUGGUUGCUGCCGUAAGAAGCAGAAGCUAGCUGUGAACGUAAGAGCUAGCCGCAGCAGCAGCAGCAAAAACAACAACGAUAAUAAUAGCAAUAGCAAUAGCAACAACAACAAUAGAAGAACCGUAUUUUUUUAGUUGUUCGGAAAAACGUCGCAAAAAGAUUCGUCUAGCGGCAGCAAAAAGGAGCACAAUAACAGUAACAGUAACAGCAGCAGCAGAAGUAGCAGCAACAACUAACAGUAGCAAGCGCGUUAACAGUAGCUGUUGCCAGUAUAUCCACAUAGCUAAUUGAAAAAGAUGCCCUGCUCGGCCGUGACGCUAUCGAUAGCGACAAUCUGUGCGAUUAUCGCCACAGCACUGCUCGCGAUCGCCUUCUCCACGGACAAUUGGCUGCACUAUGAUGUCAGACGCAAUCAGAUACAGACCUUUGCCGCCAAGCAUUCGGAUGCGGAGUCGCUGCUGCAUAACUUGAAUGUGAAAUAUUAUUAUUAUACGAGAACCCGUGGCCUGUUCAGAAUAUGUUAUCCCAAGGAGCGUCCGCCGGUAACGGCAGUGCCCACCUAUUUGUCCCCCAUUGAGACGCACUGCUCGAACAUCGAUUACUUUCCGCAAAUAGAGGAUGAUAAGAUAUCGAAUGAGGAUGCUACGUCCAGGCUGCAUUUGGCCCGCUCCUGCAUUGCGCUGUUCAUCAUUAGCUUUGUGACCAUAUUCUGUGCGUUCUGGACGGGCCUAUCCGGCUGUUGGAAGCGUUCGUCGGGCGCUAUAACGGCCACAUCGAUCCUUUUGCUGGUCACCUGUUUGCUGGCCGCUGGAGCUAUGGGUCUCUGGCAUACGGUCGAGUUCUUCGAGAAGGAGAAAGUCGUGGGCGAGGACUACUUCCAGCAAUGGAAUACGGUGCUGCGCGAUAACACAAAGAUUGCCUACGAUUGGUCCUACAUUGUGGCCUGGACAGGCAUUGGCACCUGCCUACUGGCUGCCAUUCUGCUGUCCGGCGCCGCCAUCUGUCUGCGCAACGAGCGCGAGAAGGAGGAGCAGCUUAACCUGCAGUAUCUGAUGCCAGUUUACUCGCAGAAGCAGCCACCCUAUCCGCCCUACGCCAAUUACGCCCAGCCGCAGAUCUAUCCGGGUCCCUACUACCAUGGCUCCCAAUACGGACCCUACAAUUAUUAAAUUGGCAAACGAAAUGCACAACGAAUAUGCGAAUGAAAGCAGAAACAAAAACAACAUGCAAAAAAAAAAACAAAAGCUUGAAAACUUAAAUAAAACAUUUGAAACGUUUUGGGAUCACAAAAAGAGAAGAGACCGGAGCUAGAGAAAUUUUGGUUCGAAUUGGAAUGGCGGAAAAUGCUCUGAUCUUUUUUUUGCUAUCGAAAGCUA